AUGUCGCUGUUCACUCUUCCGAAGCGGUUCUUUCCAGCGACGGCGUCGAUUUCUCUUCUGCACCAGCAGCACCAUCUAAUCUCCGGCCCCAGGAAGACGACGGAGCGAAGAAGGUCGUCCGCUAUCAAAAUGUCGGCCGGGACAUCAUCGCCGUCCCAAUCGCUGUCUCACUCCAUCACCCUGCCUUCCCAGCCCGCCAAUCCUGUCCCUGUUGUUGCUGCACCCGGCGUCUCCGAGUCCGCCUUCCGGACUGCUAUAGAUUCUUCGCUCUUCAAGCAGUGGCUGCAGAACUUGCAAUCCGAGACUGGGAUUUUGUCGAAUGGAGAUUUAAUGCUGAAGCAAGUCCUUGUUCAGGGAGUCGAUAUGUUUGGACAGCGUGUUGGGUUCCUAAAGUUCAAGGCAGAUAUUCUUGAUAAGGAAACAGGAGCAAUGGUUCCAGGUAUAGUGUUUGCUAGAGGGCCGGCAGUGGCAGUGCUGAUCCUUUUGGACUCGGAAGGCAAAACAUAUGCUGUUCUCACUGAACAGGUUAGGGUACCCACUGGGAAGGUUGUUUUGGAAUUACCAGCUGGGAUGUUGGAUGACGACAAAGGUGACUUUGUUGGCACAGCGGUUCGUGAGGUUGAAGAAGAGACAGGCAUUCAAUUGAAACUCGAAGACAUGGUUGACCUAACAGCUUUUCUUGAUCCUAGUACUGGCCACCGAGUUUUCCCAUCCCCUGGGGGAUGUGAUGAGGAAAUCAGCAUGUUCCUUUACAGAGGAAGUGUUGACAAAGAAGUCAUCACACAGCUGCAAGGGAAAGAAACUGGCCUACGAGACCAUGGCGAGCUCAUCAAAGUUCGUGUUGUUCCUUAUGAGACACUUUGGCGUGUGACGGCUGAUGCCAAAGCUUUGAUGGCCAUAGCCCUAUAUGAGAUGGCCAAGAAACAUGGAUUGUUGCCUCUUUGA